AUGGAGAACCUUAAGAAGCAGUCGAUUGCAAACGCGUUCACCAAAAUAACCGAUCUCGCCAAACCGCUCGACGAUAAGCAAAAAGCAAUCGCUGAAUAUAUAACGAAGCUUUAUCUGCCUUCUGUGGGCGACGUGCCAGGUAAUAACGACAUGAAUGGAGGAUACCCAGGUAGCAACAGCGGCUUUAACGGAAAUAAUGGCGGAUUCGGAAACGGCAACACAGGAUAUCCAUGGAACAACAACAACAACGGAUACCCGAACAAUGCUGGAUUCCCAAAUGGCAAUACAUGGAACAACGGAAACCAGAACAAUGGAUACCCGGGAAAUAACUACGGAAAUCUUGGAGGAUUCCAGGGAGGCAGCAGUGGCCUCACAGGUAACCAAGGGGGGUUCAACAAUGGUAAUGCAGGAUUUCCUAGCGGCACCGUUCAACUCCCAAAUGGAAAUGGAUUCCAAGGCAAUAAUGGUGGCUUCCUUGGAAACAACGGCGGGUUCUUAGGGAACAGCGGCAUUUUUCCAGGGGGUGGCAGCAACAACGGCGCCCCCUUCGGUGGUUCUGGACAGCAAGGAUUAAAUAACGGUUUUCCUACGAAUCAGGGAAAUAACCAGGGAAUGGGUGGAGGUUUCCUGGGAGGUAAUGGCUUUAGCGGAAAUCAGGGGAAUCAGCCUAUGUUUCCCUCGAAUGGGAACCCAUUUUCUGGUGGCAGUAACGGACUUCCAAGCAGUGGCUUCCAGAAUGGCCAAAAUCAGAAAAGACCAAUGUUUGGUCAGGCACUCAACUUCAAAUAA